GUAAGGUACUAGUCUAAAGCCAAGUCUUUUAAGAGCUAGCAUAAUGAGCCGGCGCCGUCUUUUACGGCGAGGCGUAGUAUUAAAGGAAGAGUCGGUUCCUCCCCUUGUUUCGUUUCUUCACCUACGAUCUCUUCGAGUUCAAACACCACUCAUUCCCACCUGAGCACUGAGCAGGACUCUCUCUCUCUCACGCACACAUUCCCUCACACGACGAUCAACGUCCAUUCCUUCAAUUCUUUUUUGAAUAGAUUCAUUCCUGUGGAACAGAAUCUAAACCAUCCUUCCUUUGCCUAGCAAUCCAUUGCGUUGAGAUACCCUUUCGUCUACACACCAGACGUAUCACAGCUACAGCCACUCCUUGGUUGAAUAACAGAACUCGAACACAACAACAACAAACUAUCCAUAUAUCAACAUGAAGUCUUUCACUCUUGCUUCUGCCUUCUUCGCCGCUGCGGCCGUCGCCCAGCCCCAUGCCAACCCUCACGGAAACCACCACCGCCGUCACCACCAGAACGACAAGCGCGAUGUCGUCACCGAGGUUGAGUGGGUGACUGAGAUCGAAUACGUUACCAAGAUGGUCGACGCUACCACCACCGUCUGGGUCCGACCUGAGGCCGAGCCUACUACUGCUCCUCAGCCCGAGACAACUCAGCCCGCUCCCAAGAAGGUUGCUCCCAAGAAGGAGAAGAAGCCUGCUCCUCCUCCCGCCCCUACCACUACUCUGGUCACCAGCGUCUACACUCCUCCCCCUGCUCCUGAGCCCACCACUGAGGCCGAGGCUGCUGCUGAGCCUACCUCUCAAUACGUCGCUCCCGUUGAGCCCACAACCCAGGCUCCUGCCCCUAAGCCCACCACUCAGGCCCCCAAGCCUGUUGUCAAGGCCCCCAAGAAGGAGCCUGAGCCCGAGACUGAGGUCGCUCCCGUUCAGCAGGAGAAGGCCGCCAAGCCUGCCUCUGGCGGUAGCUCCUCUGGCGGUUCUGACACCAAGCACGGCGAGUUCACCUACUACGACAUUGGUCAAGGUGCUUGCGGUGAGGACGACACUGGCAAGGAUGACUCUAUCAACAUUGUCGCUCUCUCCCACCUCCUGAUGGGCGAGCUUUCUAACAGCAACCCCAUGUGCGGCAAGACCAUCACCAUCAAGGCCAACGGCAAGACCUGCCAGGCUACUGUCGCCGAUAAGUGUAUGGGUUGCGCUAUCAACGACAUCGAUGUCAGCCGAAAGGUCUACGAGGAGAUCUGGGGCAGCCUCGACUCUGGCCGCACCGAGGUCGAGUGGUGGUUCAACUAAGCGCCACGACAAACACGUUCUCUUGAAUCAUGAAAACAAUACGAAGGAUACCCUUUUCUUACGACUUGUACUUUUCAUGAAGCGGGAAUCUCUUCGCCCCCGAAGGCGCUGGGGCGUAAGACAUAAAAAAGGCACUUGGGUACCACUUGGACCUAGACCUGGAGAUUCUGGAUUGGGGUGUUUUUGGUUUCUUAGGCGAAUCAGCUCCGGUUGACAGUCGUUGACUUCUAUGUACAUAAACUUUGGAUACGCCGUUCGGAUAGACAAACAAUACAGCACCCUCAAUCAGGGACUGUAAUUUUGAUUACAUUACGUUAUGUGA